CAAGAUAAAAAAUGGAAGACGACGACGACGACGACAACGACGACCUCUUUUCUAGUCGCUUCUUUUUAUUCUUACUCUCAUUCUACGACUACUUUGCUGUUCUCGGUUGCCGGCAUCUGAGACACUGCGAGGGCGGCGGGAGAGAGGUACGAUGAUGGCGGUUCAAAGUCGGAGCAAUUUGACGCCGGCGGUGGCGGCGGCGGAGGCCGUCGCGGCGAUCGGAUGCGGGUACGAUCUAUGCUACAACUUCUCCUUUUCCCACGUGAAGCCAGGACCGGAUGGCUCUCGGCUGAUCGAGCUGGACCAAACCCUCGUCCAAGAUCUCGUUAUGCCGGGAGGUGUCGUCGUACCCAAUGCCCCCAAGGUCAUCAAGUGCGAUAGAGGGGAGAGGACGAGGUACCGGAGCGAUGUCCUCUCGUUUAACCAGAUGGCAGAGCAAUUCAAUCAGAAUCUCUCCACACCGGGAAAAAUUCCCUCUGGUUUGUUCAACGCCAUGUUUGAUUUCGGAGGAUGCUGGCAGAAGGACGCGUCAGCUACCAAAACUCUCGCCUUCGACGGCUGGUACAUAUUACUAUACCACGUCGAGCUUGUGAGCUCUCAUAUCGUCCUGCUUGACAGUAUUAAGCAGGAAGUACCUUCCUCAUGGGAUCCUGCUGCACUUGCAGAGUUUAUCCAAAAAUAUGGCACACACAUAAUUGUUGGUUUAGCAAUGGGCGGUAAAGAUGUGGUCUACCUUAAGCAACAGAAGCAUUCUCUUCUUCAGGAAAGUGAGGUGCAAAAUUUGCUAAAAAAAUUAGUCGACGGGAGAUUUUCAGAAACUACAAAAGGAGAUAAUACCUUGGCUAAUGAUGAAUCUUCUAGACAGAUGAAGGUCACAAAUUUUGAGAACCAAGAUAUACACACACCAUUUUUGAAGUCAGUGUCUUCUCGAUCAACUAUGGUAUUACAGACAAAGAAUGGUGAUAUUGCAAGUCAUUUUGUGCGAAUAGGAGGAUUUGACAAAGGGCAAAGCCAUGACCAAUGGCUUGUAACAAUACCACAAGCCCCGAGUUUGGUGUCAAUGCAUUUGGUGCCUAUAAUUUCUCUGUUGAAUGGUGUUAAAGGAAGUGGGUUCUUAAGUCAUGCAGUGAAUCUUUAUUGUAGAUAUAAGCCACCGAUUGAAGAAUUGCGUCAUUUUCUUGAGUUCCAAAUACCUCGUCAGUGGGCUCCAGCAUUUGGUGAACUACCUCUUGGUCCUCAACAAAAAAAACAUUUACAAUCACUCCAGUUUACACUGAUGGGUCCACGACUUUAUGUUAACAAUAUUCAGGUUCAUUCCCAGAAACUUCCUGUGACGGGUCUUCGACUUUACCUGGAAGGCAAGAGGAACGAUCGCUUAGCAAUUCAUCUUCAACACCUCUCUUCACAACCUAACUCAUUUCAUAUUUCUGAUACCACUGCUUAUGCUGGAAAUGACUUGUCGUUGGAUGAACGUGCCUACUACGUACCUGUCAAGUGGGCACUGCUAUCGCAAGUCUGCACAGCUCCAGUGCAAUAUGAGGGCUCCUUCGACGAGUCAGCCUACAUAGUGACCAAGGCAUGGUUGGAAGUAAAAGAGUUUGGCAUGAAGAAGGUGUUGUUUCUCCGGCUCGCAUACUCCAAUGCCCCUUCAAUGAAAAUCCGGCGGUCAGCAUGGGAUGGAGGGCCGACCACCAUCUCUCAAAAGUCAGGCUCCAUUUCAGCAUUGAUCAGCUCGCGCUUCAGCACAGGUCUGAUACCGGAGCCAAAGGGCAAGGUGGAAGUGAACUCUGCAAUCUAUCCGAAAGGUCCACCGGUGCCGAUCAGAAUACCAAGGAUGGCACGGUUUGUGGACACCAUCGAGAUGUCGAGAGGCCCAGAUGAUCUACCAGGCUACUGGGUGGUUACUGGUGCUAAGUUAUGCGUGGAGGGUGGGAAGAUCUUUCUUAAAGUCAAGUAUUCCUUGCUAAUAGAAAUGCCAGAGGAUGAUUUCUAACCUUAUGAAACAUCAGGCCAAAGGAACGACGUGCAAAUUUCGGGGAAAGUGAAUCGAAUAGUACAAUUAAAAUUACGACAGAAUCAAGAGAAUGAGGGGAAUUCAUUGUAGAUUAUCGCAAUGCCAGCCAUUUCCUGCAUUUAAUUAUGCUGUAUGAGGUUGUAAUAUAAGUUUCAAAUACGAUUUCGUACUCCUUUAAAAUAGACAGUUAAUGUAUAGGUCUAGAAGAUGAGAAGGGUUGGGGUGGAAGGGUUGAUGAUGAGGUUGGAAUGUGGACUAAUUCCUCUUACCAGGAGGGAGGAGAGAUAAUGAGUUGUCUUUUAUAUUUUAAGUCACUGGACAUCCUAAAAAGAGGAUUGAAAUGUC